AUGCUACCCCUAGGACUCGCACUCGUAUUGUGCUACCCACCUCUACCGACUUAUUAUGCGCCCCGUCUCCCGCUUAAAGAAGGCACAUCGGCCCACUGGUGGUGUUGCGGUGUGCUGACGACUGCGGAACUCGUGCUAAUCGAAGCACCUUUCAACCAGGUUCCAGAUCUGGUCACAAAUCGCCUUCACGAGGGACAUGGUUGUGCUUGGCAACGCGGAUGCUCACACACACGCCCGACCAGAAUCGCAGCAUCUAAUCUGCUGACCCUGGUCACAGCCCGGGGUAUGAAAGUCAAGGGCACAGCUGAAGGCAAGAGUCAAGAGGAAUGCCCGAUGCGUCGAAUGGAGAAAGAUGGCCUGCUCCCUUCGCGAAGAAAUGAGAGAAUCUGGCGUUCGGCUAAAGCAGCCGGUAAUCCUGGAUCCCUGAGAGCAUGCAGCAAUAAUGGGCCUAACGCAAUCGAAUCCGGGCCAGCUCUCUUCGACCAGGUGAAGCAGGCGCACACCUCACUACUUCUGACCGACUUCCAUUGUGGGCGCCAUGUCGGAGGCGCGUGUGGGACACGUCAGGAGGUGUGGUUGCAUUGGCCCGCGUCUCAGGGCCAGAGCUCGGGAAUUUCGAUGAUGAUGGAUGGAGCUGCAGUAGAGCUAGAGCCUAGAGCUACGCAUUGCAUUGCCUGUCUUGCGGCACACUCACAACCCUCACGAGCCUCCGAGCUGCCAAGCAGAGCAGAGCAGAGCGCUAGCGCCAUCAUCCAAUUACAGCUUCCACGCCGUCGCGAACGCCGCCGAACAUCGCAUAAGUCACUACGGGGAGGUGGAAGGACGAGGACCACGCCACGGGCCAUUGGCCGGGCAAUAACAAUGAGGGUAGCAGCCCGCAUCCGCGUUCGCGCCCGCACCCCCAUCAGAGAUGAGCAGGCAGCGACCAGCGACGUGCGGACUGCGGAGCGAGGUGGAUGCAGCCUCGGCCCACGCUCUCCUUCCCGCCUGUCAAAUUCACCAAAUUCAAGCGGGCGGCAAGCGGACAUGAUGAGACCUCACGUCGAUCCUCUCGUCUCGGAGCUGUCCCUCGCACCCAUCCCCAUCGACCGACGACAACCACGCUAUUGUUCGCUCCGCUGGCUGCCAUCGACGCGGUCUUGUAGCACGCAGCUAUGCAUCGCAUCACACUUGACCCGCAGCACUCUUACCUGGUCUGCUCAUUCUGCUCGGCUGAACACGACGCCUGGCAUGAUGCACUGCAGCGCUGUAUCUCCUUGA